AUGGACUCCAGAGAAGUCGUUAAGAGAAAAAUCGUCAUAGUUGGCGAUGGAGCUUGCGGAAAGACUUCUCUGCUGAUCGUGUUCACUCUAGGAGAGUUCCCAACUGAGUAUCAUCCAACGGUGUUCGAGAACUAUGCCACCGAUUGUCGGGUUGACGGAAAAGCUGUUAGAUUGGCUCUUUGGGAUACUGCUGGUCAAGAAGAAUACGAGAGAUUGCGCCCUUUAUCAUAUUCCAAAGCGCAUAUUAUCCUAAUCGGGUUUGCACUUGAUGUUCCCGACUCUCUUGAUAAUGCCGGCCACAAAUGGGCCGACGAGGUUAGCUCAUAUUGCCCGAACACCCCCGUGAUUCUUGUUGGACUGAAGAAGGAUCUCAGACCUGAACAUGAAGAAGGAGAAGAGGCCAGAGAUUACGAUAAGAAGUAUGUGCGAAGCGCCAAAGGUGAACAGGUAGCCCGUUACAUCGGGGCCAAGAAGUACCUGGAGUGCUCCGCUCUCACUGGCGAGGGUGUGGAUGACGUUUUUGAGCUGGCUACCAGAUUGAGUCUUUUGGUCACCACCGAAAAGGAAGACUCGAGUGGCUGCUGCACAAUUUUGUGA